AUGCAUCUAUUGUUAAUUCUAGCACCUGGACAAAAGCCUUUAUCUCCUGAUACUUAUGAUUCAAUCGUAUCUGCUGAACUUCCUGAUCAAAAAAAACAUCCUCAUUUGUUUUCUAUGGUGGUGAAACACAUGAUGCAUGGACCUUGUGGUGAAAUGAAUCCAAACAACAUUUGCAUGAAGAAUGGGAAAUGCAAAAAUCAUUAUCCCAAAAAUUUUGAACCUAUAACAAGAUCUUCCAAAGACUCAUGCCCAAUAUACAAGCGUCGUGCUGAUGGUAAUCAAGUGAAAAUCAGAGGGCAAAUUUUGGAUAACCGUUGGGUAGUUCCGUACAAUCCAUAUCUUCUUGCCAAAUAUGAUUGCCACAUUAAUGUGGAAAUUUGUUCAACAAUCAAAGCUGUCAAAUAUUUGUACAAGUAUAUUUACAAAGGCCAUGAUAAAAUUGCAUUCCAUAUUGUUCAAGAAAAUCAAUCAGAAAUCAUAGAUGAAAUCCGACAAUUUCAGUCCGCAAGAUGGAUUUCACCUCCAGAGGCAAUGUGGAGAAUUUAUGCAUUCUCUUUGAAUGACAUAUACCCAUCAGUAAUCCAUCUUCAAAUCCACCUUGAACACCAACAAUUUGUUACUUUCAAUCCUUCAGAUGACCUAAAUUCUGUGUUAAAUAAUCCCAUCCGUUCGAAAACAAUGUUGACUGAAUUCUUUUUGAUGAACAAGUCAAAUGAGAAGGCGAAGCUUGGAAAAUAUUUAUAUAAGGAAUUCCCUGAACAUUUUGUUUGGUGGCAACAAGAUAGAAUGUGGACUGAGCGAAAAAAGGGCAAUGUUAUUGGGCGCAUUGUCACAGCACAUCUUGCACAAGGUGAAAGAUAUUACCUUAGGUUACUUCUAAACAACAUCAGAGGCCCUACAUCAUUUGAAUCCUUGAGAACCAUAAAUGGAAGAAAAGCAAAAACUUUUCGAGAAGCUACCCUUCUCUGUGGUGUCUUACAAUCAGAUAAUAAUCUUGAACAAUGCUUAGAAGAAGCAAUCUAUUAUCGAAUGCCUUACUCUCUAAGAAGAUUGUUUGCAACCAUUCUCAUUCAUUGUGCUCCUAAUAAUCCAAAGCAGUUGUGGGAAAAAUUCAAAGACUACAUGGCAGAGGAUUAUGCCAAAACAACAAAUCUUUCAAAACAAGAAAUUUUCAAAAAAGUUCUGCAAAGCAUAAAUUCAACUCUUCAAUCAAUGGGCAAAGAUAUCAAAGAUUUCAAUAUUUGCUCUGACAACAUGCUCUCAUCUGAUAAUCAAGAGACUUGUCGUGAAAUUGAAGAAGAAAUGAAUAUUGUUGUUUCUGAAGCUGAUUACCAGUCUAUCUCUCUAUUAUCCUCGGAACAAAAAGUAGCAUUUGACAAAAUCUUAAAUAGGGUCUUCUCAGGAAAUCAAGGGUGUUUUUUCAUAGAUGGUCCUGGAGGCACUGGUAAGACCUUUUUAUACAAGGCAUUGUUGGCAGCAAUUAGAUCCAAGAAUUACAUUGCUCUUGCAACAGCAACAUCUGGAGUAGCAGCUUCUAUUCUCCCAGGAGGCCGCACAGCCCAUUCUCGUUUCAAAAUACCUAUAGAUGUUGAUACAUAUAAAUCUUGCAACAUAGGUAAACAAACUGGGCUUGCAAAUCUUUUGAGAACUGCAGAACUAAUCAUUUGGGAUGAGGCACCCAUGGCCAAGAGGCAAAACAUUGAGGCAUUAAAUGAUAUGCUGAAGGAUAUCAAUGAGUCAGAGUUACUCUUUGGAGGCAAAGUUGUAGUUUUGGGUGGUGAUUUUCGACAAAUACCACCAGUCAUUCCCAAAGGAACAAAAUAUGAUUCAAUUGAUGCUAGCUUGGUCAAUUCAGAAUUAUGGAAAUCUAUUGAGAAAAUAAAGUUGACUGAAAAUAUGCGAGCAAGGCAUGAUCCUUGUUUCAGUAAUUACUUAUUGCGCAUUGGCAAUGGAUCUGAAUCGGUCAAUGAUCAAAACAAAAUCAAAAUACCAGCAUCUAUGAUAAUUUCUAACAAUUUUUCAAAUGCUGAAAAUUCUAUCAAAGACUUGAUUCAAACUGUCUUUCCAAAUCUCAAGAACUACUCAGAAGAUCCAAUUUCAAUGAUUAAUUCUGUUGUGCUCACUCCAAAAAAUGAUUGUGUACAAGAAAUAAAUGCUUUGUUGAUCAAACAAUUCCCAACAAAAGGUAGAUUAUAUACAAGCAUCGACAAGACAAUUGAUCCAAAUGAUCAAGGACAAUAUGAAGACUUCUUGAAUUCUCUUGAACCAAAUGGUCUCCCACCUCAUCAUUUAGAAUUGAAAAUCAAUAGUCCGAUCAUGACUUUAAGAAACAUAGAUCCUUCAAUAGGCUUGUGCAAUGGAACGCGACUUAUUUGUCGAGAUCUCAAAGAUUUCAUCAUUUGUGCUGAAAUUGCUGUUGGGGAUCGGAAAGGACAAAUGGUUUUCAUACCACGAAUACCAUUGCAACCCUCAGAUCAUCAAAAAUACCCAGUUCAGUUUACUAGAACACAAUUCCCAGUAAAGUUAUGUUUUGCCAUGACAAUAAAUAAAGCGCAAGGCCAAACAUUACAAAAAGUAGGUCUUUACCUACGAGAGCCAGUAUUCUCCCAUGGACAACUUUAUGUUGCUCUAUCACGAGCUACAACUGCUGCAGAUGUUAAAGUUCUCAUUCCGCCAACAAAUCAACAUGCUUUGGAUAACAAUACCACAAAAAAUGUUGUUUAUGAAGAACUACUAACACUUGCAGGCUGUAUAUAA